UCAUUCUGUUUUGGAAUCUUGCGUUGUGCGGUUCGUUGCGGCUGGGCUAUAACCACGUAAUAGGAGUUCGCGUAAAGAUUACAGUCGUAAUUCGAUUUAACCGGUGUUUGGAACGCGCUGCGCUCUAACAACAACAAACAAAAAACAAACAAACGAAAACAACAACAACAAGCACAUCUAAUUAAAUGCCAAAGUGUGUACGUGUUGAUGUGUUUGUGUCUGAGUGUCUAUGUGUGUGUCAAUUGAAUUUGUGUGACUUUUGAUUGAAUCAAAAUUACGUACUACAGUCAUAACAGCGUGAUUGGAGCGCAACAGCAAAAAAAAAAAAAUAAAAUAAUGAAACAACAACAGCACACAAUUAACGUUAAUUAAGCCGGUCGCUUGUUUUAAUUACGCGGUUAAUUUCUUUGCAUUAAAUCUUGUGCAACGUGCUAAAGAUAUUUAAAUUUUUUGUUCAUAUAACUGGCAAAGCGCUUUGGGCAUAAUUAAAAGCAUUUUUAAUAGCUACAGUGCUCACUCCCCCGCACAUUAGACCAUAUUAAAUAGAAGGUGUGCCUAUCCCUAUCUACAAUAUACAUGCAUACAUAUGUGUGUGUGUCUGAGUGUGUGACUGGCAGGAUUUUCAUUAUCAGACGCUAAAAGGAUUAAGCAGCCGUUCAUCUUCAUCAGCUGCCUCAGCAGCCAAAUAUUUGCGCACAUCCGCUAACGCUUAUAACGACAAGUUGAGACGACAUUAUCGACGGCAAACUUUCUGCGGAAAUUUGUAACAUUUUUUGGCUUAAUAGCAAAACAGACGACAACACAUAAAAAUGAUGUCACAUCAGCUGCCGCAGACACGUCGCCGGUUGGGCUCCGUUAGCGACUCGGCGCCACCCUCAGAGUCCAGCGAGGGCACCGCCUCCUCAGAGCAGCGGGAAGAGCUUAUCCUGCACGCCGACUGGUCGGCCCACUCACAGUCCUCGGCGCAACGCAGCAGCGCACAUGGCACCACAUCGCUCUACAAUGCCUCGGACAUAGAUGCGGACACCAUUAGCACGGACACCAGCAGCAAUACCAAUUUGUCGGAGUACGAGCGCGGGCAGGUGGAGAGCUUCUUUGGCGGCCUGGGCACCGACAUAUUCGUGUGCGGCGCCUUGGCCAAUUUGUAUGAGGGCACUGGCAACGAUGGCGACUGGCGUUUGGUCUUCACUGGCAUUCCAGUCAUGCUGCAUGAUAAGGGCAAUGCGCGCUCGCGUUCCAUGCCACGCCUCACCUUGGUGCUGGCGGAGCGUGGCUCUUGCUUCGCUUUGUGGUCAGAUCGCGUGGAUAAUUUGUCCAACUAUCGCAUAGCGGGCCCUUCGUUUCACACCAUGUGUCUGUCCACAAAUCAUCAGCAGAUGAUUGGCUUCAGCUUCGAUUCAACAGACGCCGCACGCGAACUUUGGCAACAUGUGGAGCGCUUGGUCAGCGAUCCGGAGAAUCUGGCGCUGUCCGUGCCCGGACGCAAGCAGAAGAAGCAGAAGCGCGUCAAGCCAGCGCCGCUGCCGCCCAAGUCACAAAUAUCGCAUCCCUGUCAGUUCCAUCAUGUGACCAGCGUGGUGAAGGAGGAUUGCGAGCGUUACUACAGCAUGCAGGCAUUUGGACCGCCCAAUAUGCAACAGCAUCGUUGAGUAGGGUCGGGCGCGUGGAUUUGGAAUACGAGCGCCCUCUGGUGGCAGAACUAAGCAACACCACCAGCAAUCACAAUCAGCAUCGAGCCCUCCAGUCACGCCCCCUCCUAAGCAUCAGCCCCCACUUCUAUAUACACAACAUAAUAUAAUAUAAUAUAAUAUAGUUGUAGCUCUACAUUCUUUGUUAUAGCUUGUAGCAUUAUGGCCUAAGUUAUGUCAAUACUAUAUAUUAAUGUAUAUGUAUAUGUGUGUGUGGCACAGCUGUGUGUGUGAGCGCACGCAUUUAUCUGUGAUACCAUUUAGGCGUCUAUAUAGCCAUAUAGACUCGGCAUUUGGCAAAGAGAAAAACUAAAAAAGAAAUCAAAUCAAAUUUAAUACACAAUAUUUAUAAUUAAAAACGUGAGAAUGAAUACACAACAAGAACAAAAAACGGUAAAGCGCAUUCGAACGAUUGUCAAUAAGCAAACGAGUUUUAUAAAGUUUUCUAAUAUCAGCAAAUACACAAUUAUAUAUGUAUAAUAAUAUAUUCAUGUGUAUACAUUUAGUUAUAUAGCAUAUUAAAUGUUUGUUUGGCAUUCGCUGCAUUCAUAAGCAUUAGCACUAAGCUUGUUUUUUCUUAACUAAAAUUUUACUAACUGUUUUUUAGAUCGUACAUAAUAAACAUGCAAACAUAUA